GUUCUCCACCGACUGCAAGCGGAUGUCGGCAGAGAUCUUCGGCCAGACCAUGCCUCGGGCAAGCACUGGAGAGCAGGCCUCCAUGCAGACCUGCCCAGCUCCCCAGGUGAGUAAGCCUUGGCCGCCACUCAGACUGUCCUGGGCCAGGUUCUGCAGGGCAUCCAGCUGCUCCCACGCGAGUCCCAGGUGCCCGCGCUCACCCAUGUCAUUACAGCCUUUGUGGAAGCCUGGAUGGACCACAUUCUCACCCAGAAAAUCAAGUUCAGCCUGCAGGGUGCCUUGCAGCUGAAGCAGGACUUCGACACGGUGCGGCAGCUGGUGCAGUCAGAGGAGUCUGGCCUGUCGCCUGAGAUCAAGCAGUCGGUGCUGUCGCUGCGCAUCUUCCAGCAGAUGGACAACGCCAUUGUCUGCCUCUUGCAGCAGCCCAGCAGCAAGGCCUGCCUGCCCUCCCACACCUGGGAGUCCUUCCGCAAGUGCUGCUCACACAAUGGUGUCCGACACAGGACUUCCCCACUGGCAGCCUGAACAGCCUGAGAGCCUGGACGUGCAGGCCUUGCGCAAC